AUCACGCACCUCGACUCGGUGCAUAAGCUUGUUGUACCUUUGUCUAUCAAGUGGGCAGACCUUGAGGAGCAGGACGGCGACUUGAUAACCCUGAACUCUGACCUCGAGUUUGAGCAAGUUCUUUGUGCAGGUGCUCGCGUGAAGUUUUUGUUGACCUUACCUCAAGACGCAGUUGACCAACCGGAUAAUGACUGGGACGUAAGUUCCACAAGUUCGUUUGAUACCAUCAGUGAAGAGCCUGUGCUCGUGCAGCAGGAAAAUGAGAGGGAAGAGGAGGAAGCGAUAUAUUUUGAUGACAUGGAUAUUGAGGAGGGCAGUCAUAAAUUGUCCGUUAGAGCAAAACAUAAGAGGAAAGAAGAGGAGAUUGAAAGUGAGAUUCCCUCCAGUAGAAGCGUGGAAGUUGAUAUAUUCCAUGAUUCCAUCAAUUCGCUACACUCAUCGUCACAAGUGCAGCAACAGGAACGAUCUGAAGAGCAUGAUCAAGAGGUUCGUCACAUCAAAAUCAUAGAAACGUCUUAUGCGAGUGCAAAUGAGCACCAGCCAAAUAUUCAAGAACAGUCCGAUCAACCGGACGAGCGCAGCCAUUCGACAGUUGAGGGACUCUCAACGAAAUUCGAAAAGGUCAUUCAACAAUGUUGUAAAGUUUUGGGUGAUAAUCCGGAGAUGCUCGAGAAAGUGGACUCAAUAAUGGACCACGUCUUAGAGAAUACUCCCAUGUAUAUUGAAUUCGUCCUGAACAUUCUAAAUUCCGCAAAGGACAAAAAUCGAGAUAUCGGUACCAGCUCGUCAAACGAAGAUAGUUCCGCACAAGAUCAUAUUGACAAUUCUCCUAACAUGCCGGAGGUUGACUUGAGCGCCGAAGCAUUUUUAUUGAAUGGAAGCACACGAGAGGAAAUUUGGCAUGAAGCCAUCAUAGAUGCAUUAGGGGAGAAGGCCGGUGAUUACUUGAAGUUGGAGUCCAAGCAAUUGGUUGGAAUACUUUUAAUGAUUUUUGUGAAGAAAGCGCACAUGCCAUAUAUCAAGGAGGUCAGAAAUGAUUGCGCCGGAGUUGGGCUGAUGGGCAUGAUGGGUAAUAAAGGUGGUACCGCCAUAAGGUUCCAAUUCCACGAUUCGUAUCUGUGCUUUGUGAAUUGUCACCUAGCAGCGGAUCCGAAUGGACUAGAAAGGAGAAAUCAAGAUUACAUGGAUAUAUGUCGACGGAUGACAUUUCCCAUUAACAUGAGUGAAGGGUAUUCAUCAUUAUAUGGUUGGGUUGGCGAUUACAUAGCACCUUCAGCGAAAUAUGCGGCCGCCGCUGUCGUUGGCAUGGGAGGCAUGGCGCAGGGACUGUGUUAUCCAUAUUCGACAAUGAGGGAUCUGAAUUAUAGGGUCGACGCACUGCCAGAAUAUAAGGUUAGAGAACUCGUGGAUGACAAUGAGCUGGAACUUUUGCUCAACUUCGACCAGGUACAUAGCUCAUCCCACCUUAUUGUUCAGAGUGAAACUGCUGGAUCGGUAUAA